UAAGGACAGGGAAAAUGCCUGUUUAGACCAAUGAAUAGUGACACUUUUUUAAAUGAAUUACUCCCCGUCGUCUAAAAAUAACUUUGCACCAUGUAGCUAACUAUUUAAAUGGUUAUUUGAGCUCGCGAUUUCUAGUUAGCUAACUAGCUUUCCCAUCUUGCUAGCUGAAAUGAGAAAAUUAAGUUUUGUUAACUGUGUGAAAGGAAUAAUGCAUAAUAUGUGUAAUUUAACCUGUGGAGUGGCAUUGUUAUACGUUACCUGUUAACACUUCCCCAACGCGUUGAAAUAUGACACUUUGACUAGCUAUCCAUUUUUGACUAGCUCUAACCAGGAUGUACGUGACUGUAAUAAUUGAUUAUCCUAUUUCCUAUUUCCUGAUUUCAUAGAAAUGGCCAUGUGUGAGGACACUUUAAUCUGUAAUUUCCCCAAAUGUCGGGCAAAACUGAGUGGUUUUGCCUGGGUCACGGCCUGCUCACACGCUUUUUGCGAUCAACAUGGAUCAGGGGAAUUCAGCCGAUCUCCAGCUAUCUGUCCUGCUUGUUCGUCCGCCCUGUCAGGAAAACUGGACAUUGUGCGAACGGAACUAUCGCCCUCGGACGAGUACAAAGCUAUGGUGCUGGCGGGACUGAGACCUGAAACGGUCUUAGAUAUCUGUGCAAGAGCACUGUCCUUUUGGAUUUAUCAGGUGCAUCAGGAGAGGUUGUUUCAGGAGUACACUCUGUCUCGUGCAGAGGGUCAGCUGAAACAGAUGGAUAAGUUACUAUCCCAGCAAGCCCAGAGCCGAGAGCUGGAGCUGAACUCCAUGAGAGGAGAGAUUUCCUCGCUCAAGCGGGUGAUGGACGAGUACAAGCGCAAGUACAGUGAAGUAUCCGAGCGUCUGAUGGAGAGGAACCGCCAAUACCAGAAACUGCAGGGCCUCUACGACUCCCUGCGGCUGCGCAACAUGGUGGUGGGGGAGAGAGAGGUCGGAGGGGGAACGACGCGCCCCUACCCUCCUGAGGCCCAACCAGGGAUGGACCGGCCGAUUACUCCCCGACCCAGUCCUCGGUUGCUGGGCAUGGGAGGGGAGGGAGACAGAUUCUUCUCCCUGGAGCCGGACGGUCCCAGGACCUUCUUCCAGUUCAGCUCUCCGGCCAAGGACAGAGCUCGCUCUAGCAUCCCCAAGAAGUAAAGCUCACUCUCAUCUCAUCUCAAGAUUAUCUCACCUCAAACUCAUCUCCUCUGCAAUACAUUUUGGUUGUAUUUCGUAGAGUUAAGUCUUACUCAAUGCAAAAGUAAGCAAUUGAUUUUUACAUUAUUUUGGGAUUUGCCUCAGGCAUCUCUUGUUGACAGUUGUGGUGACGAGGUUAAGGAAGGAAAGCUUUUAUCCUGCAGGGAUCUACCUUGGGGUAUAAUUGUGUGUUUACUUCUGGUCACGGUCAUGAUCUGGGAAAAAGAUCUUUCAUUAAAAUAUUGUUUGCACUACAACACCAUAAAUUGUGCUUUAUAGUUAUUUAUCUGCAGUUAGUCUUAAUGGCUGAUUUUUUUAUUUUUAUAUGCUAUUGAAUGUAUUUUUACGGUGUUAUUAGGUCCAUUUUUACAGUUUUUUUGUUAUUGUUAUGUGUGAUCCAUCACCAUUAUGAACUUUGAACCCAAUAUGGGUUGGAUCCUUAAGUUGCAUCUACAGGAAUUAUAACCUCCAUGCUUAGCACACAUUACAAAUACAUCACAGUGUUAGCGAGUUUCUGUAAAGAGUGAUGUGUACUUUUCAACCCAUUUCUAAAACAU